UUACACAAAAAAACAUCUAUAAGUCAAAAUAAAACGAAUAAUUACACAAUAAAAUGAAAUUUUCUGUUUUCAAAAACGAUUUUCAUCAUCGAACGAAAAUACCAAAGAUAACUAAAAUACUGCGCAGUGCUGCAAGGACUAUCGAUAGUUACGCGGCCACCACUAGCGACGCUAUCGCCAGUCAAACUGCCAUCACUAGUGCUGGGCAAACAAAUUCAUUUCAAAAAGAAUUGCAUUUUUCCUGUUAAAAUAGUGCGAAAUAAAGUAGAGAAACAUAGAUGUGCUUGUAUGAAGUGCGCCCAGCAGUCCUCUAAAAGCAUCCAGAGAUCCAGAGAUCGCCGCGAUGUCCUCCUACUUUGGCGUCUACAUUCCGCCCACAAAGGUCGGCUUCGAGGGUUCGGCAGCCCAGUGUGCUGGCUCUAUAGCGGCAUUGAACAUCAAAUCCGGACCAGUUCUAGCAUCCACACUACCAGUUUCAGUGCCAGUGGCACUCGCAUCGAAUCCGGUUGAUGCCGCCGGUGAGUCCGGCUCUGAAAGUGCUGAUUCCAAUGCCGGAAAGUACGAGGAUCCCGACUAUCCACCUCAUUUAUUAAUGGUCUAUCCCUCGAUGCCCACACAACAUCAUCGCGGAGCAGCCGACUCGCCACUGUGGCUAAUCUUCACGGAGAAGGCCAAAGCCCUGGACGUCCUGCGACACUACAAGGAGGCCCGCCUGCGGGAGUUCCCCAACCGGGAGCAGGCCGAGAGCUACGUUCAGUUUGGUUUCGAGAGCAUCGAGGCGCUGAAGCGUUUUGGGAAAACAAAGCCAGCCAGCAAACCCAUUGCUCUGGCCAGCAACAGCUACAAGAGCUCCUCCUCGGGAUCAGCGGACAGUUCGUACUCCUCCUCGCCGACAGGGAGUCCCUCGAUGACCAGCCUGCUGAGCAGCUCCCCGACAUCCACCGCCGCUGCCGCCGCCGCUUUCCUCUCCUCCUCGCCGAGCAGUAAUGGACGCCACCACCAUAGCCACAGUCACAGCCACAGCCACCACCAUCACCACCAACAGCUGCCGCAGUCGCAGCAGCAACCACAACAACAGCCCUCUGAGCUGGCGGCCAGUGGAGAGCGUCCUCCGUUCCGGGCGCCCACCAAACAAGAGCUGGUGGAGUUCCGGAAGCAGAUAGAGGCCGGGAACUUGGACCGGGUGAAGAGGAUCGUGUGGGAGAACCCACGCUUCCUGAUCAGCAGCGGCGACACGCCCACCAGCCUGAAGGAGGGCUGUCGCUACAAUGCGAUGCACAUCUGCGCCCAGGUGAACCAGGCCCGGGUGGCCGAGCUGCUGCUGAAGAUCAUCGCCGAUCGGGAGUUCACCCAGCUGUAUGCCGGCAAGAAGGGCAGCGGCGAGAUGUGCGCCGCCCUCAACGACAACCUGCUGGACUACUACCUCAACAUGCCGGACAAGGCGCGUGGAGAGACGCCACUUCACUUUGCUGUGAAGAACGGGCAUGUGGCCGUCGUGGAGGUCCUCAUCGCCUAUCCCCAGUGCAAGUCCCUGGCGAAUCACGAGGGCAAGGAGCCCAGAGAUAUCAUCUGCCUGCGAGCGCCACAGGCCACGAUCGAGGUAAUCAGGAAGCUGGAGCUGCUCAUGUACGAUCCCCACUAUGUCCCAGUGCUGAGAUCCGUGGCCAAUGAACUGCCCCCGCAAGUGGGACAGCCCUUUACGCCGAAUGAGCCGCCGAACUUGCAAUUCAAGACGGAGGACUGCGAGGGCCUCAGUGUGGACCUGCAGAUCAGUGCCCUGGCCGGGCCGAUGCCACGGGAGAAGGCCAUGAACUUCUAUCGGCGCUGGAAGACGCCGCCGCGUGUCGGCAGCAAUGUGAUGUCGCCGCUGGCCAGCUCGCCCUUCAGCUCCCCGGUGAAGGUGACGCCCAGUAAGUCGAUCUUCAAUCGGAGCGGCAACGGCGUCAUGACCAACUCGACACCGUCGGGCCGACGUGUUCUCUUCAGUCCCAUGGAGAGUUCUCCGAAACAACAGCCGGCACUGGCGCCGGCCCAGGCGCCGCCAAAUCUAAACAAUGGGAAUGAAUUCGAGAACAACAACAACAACAUCAAGCGCGUCGGUUCCGUGGAACUGCCCACCACCCCCAUCCGUCAGAUGAGACCCGAUCUGUUUAUGGCGUAUCGCGGCGCCAGCACCGAAUCCCCCAUCGCCGAGGACUCGAUGGUGCUGUCCUGUGACCAGAGUCUGAACAUCAGCAUGGGCAUGAAUGUGUCGGCGGUGUCCACGCUGAACGAUAGCUUCCGGGAGCGUCACAUCAAGAACUCGGACAUUGAGAAGGGUCUGGAGGUGGUGGGUCGGCAGCUGGCCCGCCAGGAGCAGCUGGAGUGGCGGGAGUUCUGGGACUUCUUAGACGCCUUCGUGGACAUCUCCACGCCCGAUGGCCUGGCCCGCCUGGAGGCGUACUUCGUGGAGAAGUCGGAGCUGGCCAGGGCCGAGAAGUCGGAUCAGGCCUGGAACUUUGCCCAGCUGCAUCAGUAUCUUGAUUUGGUGGCCACCGGUGAGCAGCAGCAGGGCCUGAAGCAGUCCAGGCACGGCAAAUGGAGUGGCGGAGGAGCUGGCGGAGCGGGUGGUGCUGCCACGGGAGUGAUGACCCCGUAUACCUGUGUGGAGAAGUCGUUGCAGGUGUUCGCCAAGCGAAUCACCAAGACCCUCAUCAACAACAUCGGCAACAUGGUCUCCAUCAACGACACCCUGCUCUGCGAGCUCAAAAGACUGAAAUCGCUGAUCGUCAGCUUCAAGGACGAUGCCCGCUUCAUGAGCGUGGACUUUGGCAAGGUGCACUCGCGCAUCGCCCAUCUGGUGGCCAGUUAUGUGGCCCACUCGCAGGAGGUGAGCGUCGCCAUGCGGCUGCAGUUGCUCCAAAUGCUGCGCAAGUUGCGCCAACUACUGCCCGAGGAGCGGGUGAGGGAGCAGCAUCUCGGCUGUGUCUGCGGCAGCCUGCUCCAGAUGCUAGAGACGGUGCCCGCCAACACCGUUCAAUCCCCAGAGUCGCUGAAGACCGAGGAGCUGUGCUCCGCCGCCUGGGAAGCGCAGGCGAGCUGCGCCUGUCUCUGGGACGCGAAUCUCAGCCGGAAGACCAGUCGCCGCAAGCGCAGCGAAUCGAUGCGAGCCGCCAAGGACUCAGCUGCUGCUCUAAGGGCUUCCAUCAACAAUUCGGCAGCAGGAUCGCCGCGCAUAGCCAUCGUGGCUCCCGUCAAGUCGGCAUCGUCAUCGGCAUCGUCUUGGCGCCAGAACAGCGACGACGACGAGGACUUUAGCGAAGAGGAUGAUUGCUUUUAUGACUGCUCGGGACGUUCCCCGGACUUGACCAGCAGCGACGAUGAGGAGGUCUUCAGGACACCACCGGAGAGUCUCUCCCCACGGCUUUCCGUGGAUCUGGAAGCGGCCUACGAGCUCUUUAUCUUUGGAAAAGAGCCAACUAAGCGCGAUUUGGAUGUCCUGAAUGCCAUUUUCAAUGUCGACGUGGACAAGGAGACUCUGCCGCACGUCUAUGCCUGGAAGACGGCCAUGGAGAGCUUCUCGGCGGCCGAAAUGGAUCUCUUCCCGUCGCCGAAGAAUAUCCGAAAGACACACAAGCCGGUCUUCUGGUCAGCCGGGACACCCAACAAGGAGAACAAUGGCUCGGUGAACCACAGCAGCCAGUCGAUGCAUCCGAAGCGACUGUUUGGAACGCCCAAGCUGAGUGCGGCUGCGGUGGCGCAGACUGGACGCCGUGGUUCCGGGCCGAGUACAACGCCGAUGACGCCGCCGAAACCGAUGCGAUUGCCGCGAACUCCGGCGCCCACCACUACUGCCACUACGGCCACUACAAACGGAGUGGCCACCACCAGCACCAGUUCUGCAUUCUCAGCAUUGGCGGCGGCGGCCACCGUAACGCAGUCAUUCCAAACGCCGCUGAACAAGGUGCGCGGCCUGUUCAGCAAGUACCGGGAGCCACGGGUGGAGAUGGAUUCUCCCAUGACUGGGAUGAAUGGAACGGAGGAGAAGAGCUUUGAAUCGGCUGGCUCUGCCGGUACGUCGGAUGGUGACUGUUGAUCCCGUUCGGACUGCCCAUCUCACGGAUACACAAGGAUACACAUACACACACAGAAGCCACAACAGGAUCUAGGAGAUCCUCCACUUACACUUUAACACUUUACUUAUGGAAUUAUUUAUGUAUAUUUUAUUAUUUUUUUUUUUUUCGUCCAACGAGCGUUUGUCUCAUGGAGCAUUUUGUCAUUAUUCCUUUAGUGCUUCGUCCUGGCAUGUCCUUGUUUUUUUUUUUCUUCGCCUGUGCACGUACAUAUAUUAUGAAGAAUUGAGUCGGAAAGGGCUCUCGUAUUUUUUAUAUUUUUUGUGGGUUUUUUUUGCUUCGAUUAGGAAUUAAAAGUUUUUGGACUUCAGAGGACUAAACGAAUGAGGAAGGAAAUGCUCUGUGAGGACUCUCAAGGAUACACACAAUGUGAAUACUAUAUAUGUUACAAGAGAGAGAGAGAGAGCCAGAAAGAAAGGAUAAAACUGAAAAUGUAUUGAAAUUAUAAAGAUAUAAAGGCUUUAUUAAUAUU